GGCGCAGCGGAGCGUCAUGGACGGUGGUGCCUGGCGGGGAAGCCGGCGUCAGUGGAGUGACGGCGGAGGCUCAAAGGCGGGCUCCCAGUGGUCCUCCUUCGACGUCGGGCUGCCGGCGUUGGCCGCGGGCUUCGUGACGGGGGCGCUGCACGUGUGGCUGCUGCAGCCGCCAUACGUGGCCCGCAGGAGCGCAGCCGCGGCAGCCGGCGCCUGCUUGGGCGCCCUCCUCGUCGGCUGUUUCGUCAACGUCCAGCGGGAUGCCAGAGUCGCUAAGGAGGCAUCCUCGCAGCCGGAGCCGGCACGGUCGUGGAACGAUGGCGAACGCCGACCAGCGUACAGCGACGAAUUGCCCAGGGGACCGAGGACGCCGCGGAAGGCCGUCAUCCUGAAGAACUUCCGCAUGGAUGACGCCUGACGCCACCGCGCAUACAAAUCACAACUCAAACUACCGGCACCACUUCGCUACGCA